UAAUAAUAUGCUACGUUUGUCCCCUGUUUAGUUUCGAUUUUCCUAAGUGGCUGAUACGACGCGAUUUAAUAUUAUUUGGAAGUAAAGCCCGCGCGGUUUUAACUUAUUAAAUAAUAGCGUCAAUUUGGAGUGAAAGCUCGGUCGACUGUUGUUUUUAGUGAAAUAAAACAUUUACGGAAAAUCUGCGCCAAAAAACUGAAGAGUUUGUUUAUGUAAAUUUCUGUUUUCAUCAAGGCAAUCCUCCCGCAUGCUAGCUUCUAGAAGAACUUGAAAUUGUUCUUACACUUUGCGCCGCGAGUUUUCAACGUUUUUCUCAUUUUGGAAUGAGGCAGCGAUUCCCCCUUGAGAAAAAAAUCGAGCGCGAUUGCGCAUAAAUCAGCUGAUCACGAUCGCCAAAAAUAAUGUAUCAAAGAUUGGUUUUUUGAACCCAACACUACAUUUACUAGUCAAUUUCGGUUCUGCUUAUUCCGCGUAACAGAAAUCGUGAAUAGUCCAAGAGUGUGAAAUGAUCCUUUAAAGAUAUUAGUUGAAUCCCCAAGGAAAGUGUGAUAGUUUGUGCAUCUAAAAAAUAAAUGUUAUUAUACGACCGAAAGGUUUAAAUGUAUUCCAGCAACGCGUAAAUUUUAUAAUGACAGUGCAUUUUCGGGAUGUUUCCAAUGGAAUUCUAAGUGAUUAUCAUUUCUGUAGAUAUUACAAGUUGAAAUGCAACAGUGACUAAAUUGAUUGCAAUAAAAAAAUAAAAUAAAAUUUUUGUUGCAAGAGCUAAGGAAAUAAUUUCUAAUAUAAUUGUACAACUAAUUCGUUAUCGUAUUCUGUGAUAAAUGAUUUAAUUUUUCCAAAGUGUCAAAGUUCCUAAUAUUAGUUAUUUUUCUAAUAUUUUUAUUAAAUAAGGAAGUACUGUGAUUUUAAUAUUUUAAAUAUUUCAAAAUUAGCUCGUCCAAUAUUUUUUUAUUCCGUAAAUUUCCGUUUGGAGUAUUAAAAAACUUGAAAAAUAAAGAUAAAAUGCGAAAAUCUCAGUCUGCAUCAUCACAAUCGCAAUCCAUAACAUCGUCGCCGAGCAGACCAAUUAUCCGGAAAAAUCGAAAUAUUAUAGGCAGGACUGAAAGUGAAUUAGCAUGCGAAGAAGCGGCCAGGUUAACAGCGGAAAUUCAAGAAGGGGAUGGACAGGAUGACGACUAUGAUGCUUGUGAAUACCAUGAUCUCCCACCACCGCCAGAUGGAGGCUACGGAUGGGUCAUCGUAUUUGCUUCAUUCAUGUGCAAUAUGGUAGUGGACGGUAUCGCUUACACCUUUGGCAUAUUUUUAACACAGUUCGUUGAUUAUUUUGGCGAAGGCAAAGGAAAAGUUGCAUGGGUUGGUAGCUUACUAAGCGGUGUGUACUUAAGUGCAGGUCCAAUUGUGUCAGCACUGGCAAAUAAAUAUGGAUGCAGGGCGGUCUGUAUUGCUGGAAGUGUGAUAGCUUGUUGUGCGUUUGUACUAAGUACAUUUAGUACGUCAGUUACAAUGCUCAUGAUUACGUAUGGUGCUAUGGGAGGCUUUGGAUUCGGUAUGAUUUACUUACCCGCUGUCGUUGCCGUGGGGUACUAUUUUGAAACAAAACGAUCUCUUGCCACCGGCAUAGCGGUAUGCGGUUCAGGCUUCGGUACUUUUGCGUUUGCACCACUAGCCACGUAUUUAUUACAAGUUUUUGAUUGGAAAAAUUCAUUACUUAUUUUCGCUGGGCUUAUUCUAAACUGCGCUGUUUUUGGUGCUAUGAUGAGGCCUCUCACGUAUCCAAAAGAAAAGAAGGUUAAACCAUUGAUGCAGCGAAUGUAUGAGGAAAAAAGGCUCCAACUAGAACGUGGUUCGAUAGGAGGAUCCUACUUUAUGGUACAACUUCCUGACGGCACGAUGGAAAAAAGAAUGAAGAUGCCAAUUAAUGCUGAUCCAGGUGUACAUUCUAGUCUUGCUUUGGAUCAAUUAGCUGCCCAACAAAGCGGUACACUGCAACCUGUUUCAACAUUGCCGACAAUUACGGAAGCCAAGGUUGUCGAUGCGCGUAAUCCGCAAGAUGCAAAUAGUCAAUUAGAUUCGAAGCGGCCUCCACGACGAACACAUCGAAGCUCUGAGGGUGAUACUGCCGAAAACGAUACAAAAAAUAUGCCAAGAAAUGCAUCGCAGCCUGCGUUUACUUCACAUCAACAAGGUCUUCCGAAAAAUGGUUCCGUUCCAACAUUUGACAGAGUCCGCAAAACGUCUCAAACGUACAAACCAACAUUAUCUGCUAUACGCUCAUCGUCGCGUGGUAAUGUUGGCAGCAAUGGCGAUGUACGUAGAUCAUUAUUAGAUUUAAAAAAAACUGCAAGUUCCGCCGGCAGCCGAUUAAAUUCCGACGACACCGAUUCGGAAACUAUGUUCACCUCAAAAGUUUCACUAUCUACACGUACAGAUAGUGGAUCGAAAAUGGUACGUCCAUUAUCUCGUAAGGAUAUUUUCUACUCGGGCUCUGUUACAAAUUUGCCGUUGUAUCAAUCGCAAAAAUCUCUCACAAAUUAUCGAAAUUCGGUAGUGUCAUUAACAAAAUAUGAAAAGAGUAUGCGUGAUGUGCGACCUGAUCCAUUAGCUGAAAUUGAGAAGGGUCGUGAAAACUAUGAUCUCUGUCCAUGCUUUACGUUACCUGAAUCCUUCAAAUCAGCUCUGGGAGCGAUGUUGGAUGUAAGUUUACUUAAGGAUGCAGUCUUUAUGAUGAUCGGAAUUUCGAAUGUGUUCGGUAUGGCUGGCCUAUAUGUUCCAUUCGUGUAUUUAGUCGAUGCAGCGGUGUUAGAUGGUAUUGAUGAAGGCCAAGCUUCAUUGCUCUUAUCUAUUAUUGGUGUAACGAAUACAGUCGGAAGGGUUGCAUUUGGUUAUAUUGCUGAUUUUCCAAAAGUCGAUUCGUUAUUGCUCAAUAAUAUCUGUUUACUGAUAUCAACAAUUGCUGUAGGCUUAACACCAUUUUGUAAAUCGUAUGCUGCAUACGUCACCAUGGCCAUAUUUUUCGGAAUCGCUGUGUCUGGCUACAUUUCACUCACAUCUAUCAUUCUUGUCGAUUUACUUGGCCUGGAUAAGUUAACAAACGCAUUUGGUCUACUCAUUCUGUUCAGAGGAUUUGCCACAAUCAUUGGAUCGCCUCUGGCGGGAGCUGUUUAUGAUGCGACACAAACUUAUACAAUUCCGUUCUAUAUGGCUUCGGCAGCUUUUGCCAUAUCUACCUUGACUAGUUUUCUAGCACCCGCUUUAAAACGCUGCACAAAACCAAAUGAAGUACCUGUCCACAUGGAAACGCUUACACCUAUUGAUGAAGAGCCGGCUGAGGAUUUAGCGGACGAUGAUCAGCCAAUUACAAUGAUACCAAAAAUCGUACAAACUUUACCUAGUCCUCAAGGUGAUGGCCCAAAAUCCCCUACUUCAGUAUCAUCAGUGCGAAACGUUAGUGGCGAUCAAAAUGACCUGAAAAACACCCAAAAAGAUGAAGCUGAAAGCAAUAAUUCAACGAAUACAAAGUCAACUGCUGUAAAUGCACCUAGUUCAAACACAACAUCAUCACCCACAAAUUCUCCAUCUUCAAAUAAUCCGAAAAGCAAUGGAACACCAGGAGACAAAGAAGUUAGUCAAAUUGAAUCAGUUUUGUAAAUGAAAGAAUAAGAUCAAUAAUGUGCGGGAAAUUUCAUGACUUUCCGCGAACAUUCAAAUUCUGUUCAAAGCAAAGAACGAGAAGGUAGAAGAAAAGUUCAAUUUGUUACGUUAAAUUUAUUUUUUUAUUAAUAUUAUUUGCUAAUCAAUGAAAAUUAUUUUAAAUUAACUCUUCAUUGUUGUUGCUUUCAUUUCUUAAGAUAGGGGAAAGUUUGAACAAAACUGAACAAAAAUUCAUUCAGGUGGAGAACUGAGAGGGGAAAACUAUUGCCAUAAAAUACAGCGAUCGCUUUCAUCGUCAUGAAUAGAAAGAUAUAUAUAUAUGUGAACUUGUAUAUUUAUUAGGAAUUAUGAGAAGAAAAAAAGGAAACGAAAGAUGGAAACGGUGAAAAGAUCUCGACUUGUAAAGUUUUCGAUAGAAUUGUAAUUUGUAUAGAUAGAAAUGAAGAUGAAUGAUGCCAUGAUGGUAUUGAAAAGGUGGAAGACGGUUUCCACAGUGGAACACGCACACAUUAUAUCUAGAAAAGAAAAUUUUGUAAAUUUUAAUAAUUAUUGUAUAAUUAUUAUUAUUUGUUUUUAUUAUGAUUAUUAUUGCUCUCGUUGAUAACUAUUAAGAUUAAAGAUAUAUUACUACAAGCUGUUUGUAUGGAAAAAUAGAUACAUUUUUUCUAUCAUUAAUGCUAAGACCGCAGUAUUAGCCUGAAUAAGUGAUGAAAAACUGACAACUUAGGUCAAUUUGUAUAAAACAACUUAGACGUC